CUCUCUCAGCUGAUCCCCGUCAUUUCAUCAUCCGACGCCGUCCUCUGCUCUCUUUUGCUCUUUCUCUCUUUCCGGCCAGCUGUCUGUCCAACAUCCAUCAUCGCAGGCUUUUUUUUUCUGCUUCUCUCUCUCACUUUCCCAGACUUCUGUUCUUGAUUUUCCCACCAUCUCUUCCUUCUCUGGAUCCAGGGCAAGAUAUGAAGCGGCACCAUGGGAUUUAUGGAAUUCUACCUGGAGAUUGACCCCGUCACCCUGAACCUCAUCAUCCUGGUCGCCAGCUAUGUCAUCCUGCUCCUCGUGUUCCUCAUCUCCUGUAUCCUGUACGACUGCCGUGGCAAAGACCCCACCAAGGAGUACGCCCCCGACACCACGCCGGCGCCGCCCAGCCAGUCACCCAUACGCCUGGUGGUCAUGCAGAACUCGCCCGCCACGACCCGCUAUGAGCCCAACAACAAAGCAGGCCACGCAGAGCUGCCGACGCCGGACCUGAGCCGGGACAGAGGAGACAGGGAGCGAGAGAGGGAGAGGGAGAAGAGGAGUACUCUUGUCUGAGGAAGGUUAUGACUCAUAACCAUGAAGUGCUGCUGCAUCACUGUGCAGUGUUUUCAUUCUCAGACACUUAUUUUUACAUUUUAACAUCCCUGGAUGGUGUUGAUGAGCAGCUGAGGAGCCAGCAGGAGGGUUUCAACCUCACCUGCAAGUCCCAGAAUUCCCUUGAAUUCCCACCAUUGGGCUCCACUCACCUACAGCAUCAUCAAUUUUUUUGAGGGAUAGUUACCCUGUGGGACUCUGGAGACUGACUCGGCUUCAUGGGAACAAACAAAAGACCUCACAGUGUGUGAACUUCAGGUCAUCAGUAUCAGAUUCUUCAUCUCACUCCGAUCUUAACGAGAAACUGAAGAAGACAGAGAUCAGCUGGGCUAUGACACAAACACAGCUGAUUUAAAAAACAUCGUUACCCCAACCUGACAUACUGAAAAAAGUGGUGAAGGUAAUGGUGACAUCAGCAGUUUCCCCGUAACCUGCAAGUGUGGCUAUCACAGGACAACUGAAGAUGACAUUAAUGGAGGAGGGCGUCGAUUGCACUUUUUCAAAGGAUGCCAUCUUAACGUGAGGGCAACACUAUUAAUAGCUACCCUGCAGGAGUUUUUUUUUUUUUUUUUUUUUAAUUUAAUAACUAUGUGAAGUCUGACUGCGGAGUUGGAUGACUGAACAUUUAAAAAAAAACCCACCAUUGUACUGUAUUAAAUCUGAGUGUUUGAUUACCUUUAAAGACACAUUUUAAUAAUCUAAGUGUGCUUCCGCAUUUUGGCUACACCAGAAAAGUAGAAAAAGUAAAUCAGCUUGGUGUUCAUGACAAAAUCCAAUAACAAUGAUCAUUUCCCACACAACCAAAGGGAAAUCCAAAUGUGUUUUUACCUUUUAAAGUUAAAGCAGCUGAUACACCUGUGACCUGCCCUUGCCUGCCAGCUGGUUAACACCGAACGUGUCACCACUGAGACGACUGAUCAAAUGCACUUUGAAUUACCGUAAUUAUGUGACUGUUUGUCCUAUCGGAAAAAUUCAAACAGUUUCUGAAAGCUGAGAAAUUGUGCAUCACAGCCAACAUUGGGUUAUUACAGUCAUUGUUGCCCGAAGUCUGCAAACAGCUGGACAUUUGAAGUGCGCUGUGUCCCCGUCGACACGUUUGACUUUAUAGGGUUAAAAAGGUCCUUUUAUUAUUUUAUGGAUACAUGCCUCCUACAAUUGAUGACUUUAAGGGUACAGACAAUAUUUUAAAAAAUAAAUAAAAAUAAAAUAAAAAUAAAAUAAAUAGUUUCAACACCUUUUAAGUUAAGUUUACAUUCCUCAGUACACUAAUUCAAACUGAUGACGCAGAAAACUCUGCGCUGUCUGCUGGUCUGGCUUACGAACCGACAUGGAGGUGAACGUCACAAAACUGUUAUUUUACAGAUCUUCACCAUUUGGAGGUCCCCUCAAGCCAGUGAAACUUGACCUUAAAUAUUAAACAAUAAAUGCUGUUGUGCAUAACAUGUUAUAGUUUGAAUUUUCAUGGACACACACCUUAAUUAUGAUAUAGCACCUGUCAAGAUGUCUGCUGGGCCUGAUUAAGGAGGUUCCCGACUCAGUGGUCCCUAAUCCCAGCUUUGUGGUAAUUAAACUCCAAUUUUGUUUGUAUUUACAAAAAACAUAUUGAAAAAUCUAGUUUUGAACCCAAAGAUUUUAGUUUACAUGCCUCAUUACCAUUUCAUCCUUCUGAAUCAGCAAAAAAAAAAAAAAAAAUACACGGCUCUUAUGCUGGACAUGAGGAGGACUUUCUUCAGUUUGUUGCUGCAAUUUCUUCUCGUGUUUUUAGGCAUAUUUUAGUGCUAGAAAUAAACUGUAGACAUGCAGGUUUACUUCUCUGGUUCUUAUUCUGAGAUAUGUUAAAGCUUUUAUUGUGCAUAAAAAAUAUAAAUAUUUUCAGUUUUUAUAGAGUCACUACAGGUGAUGUUGCAGUACCUGUGGUGCUAUCUGCUGGGCCACAUUGUGAACAAAACCAGCAGGUUCUUUUGCACAUUUAACCCUCGGGAGGUCUGUUCCAGUCAGUAAAAGACAAAAAAUGUUGAAAGCGUUUUAAAAAAAAAUGCUGAAAAAAUCUGAAUAGUUUCACUUUUUGCAGCUGCCCUCUAUGCUCAUGCUCUGUACCUGUGAUAGCACACUCUGUUGGGCUGUAUUAAAUGGUAAAUGGACUAGUUCUUAUAUAGCGCUUUUCUACUCAGUAUGAGCACUCAAAGCGCUUAUACAACCUGUUUGCAUUCACCC